UCACUUUAUAGGCAUUUUUGGGUACGUUACGACUUUGAUGGAUUUAGCCUUCGCUCUGCCUCGUAACGAUAUUGCGACGUUCAAUUGCAAUUGCGAUCGCGAUCGCGAUCGCGGUCCUCGUAAAAUUAUACAGAGCCCGGCCAAAUCUUGAGUGAAUUGUGACGGUUGGAGGGAAAAAAAAGAAACUUUGAAUCGGCGGAUUUCCAGUAAAAAUGGCGGCGCAAGCUGGUAUUGGGUUUUCAAAAUUUGUGCUUCUCGUAGGCGCAGGUCUGACAGGGUCUGUUCUACUGAAGAAUACUCGCUUAUCUGAUAUACUUUCAGAAAUUCAGUCACUGACAAGCAAUUUGGACAGAGGAGGUGAAUCGUCACAUGGUGCCUCUGAUCAUGUCGCUGCUCUUGCAGCUCAGGUUGGACGAAUACAAAAAGAGUUAAGGCAAUUACCAUCUGGACCAAUAAUAGUGAAUUCGAACUCUGGACGAAGUGGCAAUCUAGCAUCUCUUGCAAUGCCAGCUGCCAUGCUAGGAGCAUUGGGCUAUGGUUACAUGUGGUGGAAAGGACUGUCCUUGUCUGAUUUUAUGUAUGUAACCAAACGCAAUGUGGCAAAUGUUGUUGCUAGUAUGACCAAACAUUUGGACCAGCUUUCAGAAGCUCUUGCGGCAACAAAGAGACACUUGACCCAGAGGAUUGAAAACAUAGAUGAGAAGAUGGACGAACAGAAGGAACUAUCUAAAUUAAUCAAGAAUGAGGUAUCUGAUGUUCGAGGAGACCUUUCACAAAUUGGUUUUGACAUAGAAGAAAUUCAAAAAAUGGUUUGUGGUUUGGAGAAGAAGAUUGGUAUGCUUGAUGGUAAACAGGACUUUGCAAAUGUAGGUGUGGCAUAUCUUUGUAGGUUUGUUGGAGGAGAUAAAGAUGGCAGCAUGGCAAAAUAUCUAGAGAACAUGCCUGCAAAAGCUUCAAAAAUGCUUCCCGCCCCUGUAUAUGCAGAGGACAACAGUUUGAAGGGUCUUCAAUACAUUGCAGACACAAUCCAGUCAGGAGAUUUUGGAAAGACAAAUGCAAAUGCGUCUCUACAAAAUGAAAUUGAUGACCACAGGACCACAACACCUCCAACAGGAGCAACCAGAGUACAGAAGUCACGCACAAAUAGUGCAUCUUUGGGCAGGACUAUUUCGACAUGAAUCUGCAAUGAGUUAAAAAAUUUAAUCAUAAACAUUCUCAGAUUGGUUGCCCAUCUGUUUAGGCACAGUUCCCCAAAUUAUAUAAUUUUUAGUCAAGAAAACUCUAGCAAUACACAGCUGAAUUCACAAUGAAUGUUGGGUUGAUAUUGUGUGCUUUAAUCUCGCAGACCGGUUUACUUUUACUGUAAGACAACCUAAAUUGAAUAAAUGUGAAGCUGGGCAUAGAGACCAACAAUCUAGGACAUUCAAGAUUGACAUUAUGUCAAAGAUUUCAUUCUGGUGGGAGCUGAUAUGCCAAUAUUUUGUAAUUCAACUAUGAGUUGAUAAGAUAUACAUUUCAUAGUCUCUCUGUUGGUUUGCCACGUAUCUCUAAUUAUCUAAUGUAAAUUAAGCAUGCCUUUUACUGAAGUUCUUUAGGCAGCACUAGAGAUGGUGUAAAAGCUGCCCUAAGGCUUAGUUGAAUAUUAUUCAUGACAGUCAAAAUUUUAUUUAUCUUAUGAAGGUUUUCUACUGCAA